AGCUGGAGCUCUGGCGACAGCGGCCAUGAAAACACGUCUGCCGCGGUCGUGGAGAACGACGCCAACUGCGCGACGACCUGCAGCGUCGGCAGCAGCAACAACUACCUGCCCAUGAGCUGGAACUUCACCUCGGCCGUGGCGCAGCCGAGCAACGAGGCGGCGCCAAGCCCCGCCACCGCUCCCUCAGCUAGAGCGCUCGACGGCCCCGGCGUGGUGGAGCAGGCCCACGUGUCGCCGCCGUCGAGGAGAGCCUCCGCCAAGAGCGCCGCCAGGGCCGGGCACGCGCCGUACGCGCAGGACCACAUCAUGGCGGAGCGGAAGCGCCGGGAGAAGAUCAACCGGCGGUUCAUCGAGCUCUCCACCGUCAUCCCCGGCCUCAAGAAGAUGGACAAGGCGACGAUCCUGUCGGACGCCGUGAGGUACGUCAAGGAGCAGCAGGAGAAGCUCAGGGCGCUCGAGGACCGCAACCGCAGGAGCGCCGCCGUCGACUCGGUGGUGCUCGUCAAGAAGCCGCCCGCCGCCGUGCCGGAAGACGAUGACGUCGGCGGCUGCUGCCCGUCACCAUCUGCAGGGGCGGUAGCCGGAAGCACGACGGCGACGACGACCGGGAGCGCGCUGCCGGAGAUCGAGGCGAGGAUCUCGGAGAGCGACGUGAUGGUGAGGAUCCACUGCGAGGACGCCAAGGGGGUGCUCGUCAGGCUGCUCGCCGAGGUGGAGGGGCUACACCUGAGCAUCACCCACGCCAAUGCCAUCCCGUUCCCCGCUUGCACUCUGAUCAUAACAGUUACUGCAAAGGUGGACGACGGCUUCAGCGUCACGGCGGAGGACAUUGUUGGCAAGCUAGAGGCGGCGUUGCCUGCAGCCACGUGAUAGGGGCUCCGGGAGAGGUCAAGGUGCAAGACACACGAAGCGCUUCGUUCAAACAUGCUGGAAGAGUGUCCGUCACGGCAAAUUUCGUGCAGAGAUCACGGCAAAUUUCGUGCAGGGAUCACGGCAAAACUGUCUCGCCAUGCAAAUAAAUUACUUCUCGUCACGCGCGCAUGAUGCAACGAGUGCAUCAGGCCAUAGAAUAAUGAGAAAAGUGUGUUUUUGUUCCGACAAGUUCCCAAAAGUAUAGACUUUGCCCCUCAAGAUAUCUUGAUAGACAUUUGGUCCUUCAUCAAGUCUCGAAACAGGAUAAAUUUCGUCCAAAACCAUAUUUUGAACAUGUUGACCGGAUAUGACCACCA